UGAAUACAAGUGGAUGUUAAUGUAUUGAAUUGUGCCUGAAUUUCAUACCACAUGAACAUAAUCAAAACAUACUAUCUCCUGCGCAACAGAGUUACUAAAUUUACAGGAAAUACUGAGUAACUUAGAAGAAAAGGAAAUAGAAUAGUAGAAAAAUUGGGCACGUGCUAUGAGUGAUAUAUCGAGAUUGGAAAAAUUUAAAACCGCAGUUCCAUGGUAUUAGAAAGAGUGGACUGAAAAUAAAGUUGAGGGAGCGACUGUAUUUCCCAGCUGACAUCUAUUACAUUGGCAGUAUUGCUAUGUCUGCGAUUUAAUGUGAUAGGAGAGACACUGCUCUUAUACAACAGUGUUUAUUUCACAAAUUGUAUCGUAUUGAUGAUGGUGAAAAUUUCUGGUUAGCGAUCUGCCGAGGAAAAAUUAUUUAAGGACUGUGUGAUCAAGACUUCAGCUGAAGUGACAGGCAUUACAAGAGCGUAGAACAAGUAAAGAACACUAUAUGAUACUGUGGGCACCAUAUGGGGGAAAUAUCUACAGAUAGUGGUAUGGAUCGCUGGGUCUGCCCGAACGAUAGACAACUUGCUCUCAGAGCUAAGCUCGGAACAGGAUGGUCCGUGCACACAAACAAGUUCAGCUCAUUCCAGAAGUCACAGCAUCUAAGUCUCGAAGAACAAGAACAAAUAAUGAACGUUAUUCAGAAAGCGGACUACCUAGAAAAUGUGGAGCAAGAACGAAUAGGGAGGCUGGUAGAGAAACUAGAUAAUAUGAAGAAAAAUGCAAUGGGGAAUGGAACAACACAAUGUGUACUAUGUGGAGAUGAAUUCGGCCUUCUAGGGGCCUCACCAACUUACUGUGAUGAUUGCCAUAAGGCUGUAUGUACCAAGUGUGGUGUGGAUACACAAAACUGUCACAGGCAGCCACUCUGGUUGUGUAAGAUAUGCAGUGAAAAUAGAGAGGUUUGGAAGAGGUCUGGAGCCUGGUUUUUCAAGGGGCUGCCCAAGUAUGUGAUCCCAGAGAAGAAAGCUGAAAUGCCCAAACAUGGGGCAGCUAAUCAUAAAGGGAAACCAGAAUACAGAGGCUCACAAAAAGGACAUCCUGGUACACCAAGAACAUACAACAACUGGAGUAGGGGAAGAGGAAGCCAAGGCACAAGUUAUGGUGAGAGCAGUGACCAUGAGUCUGAGAGCAGUUCAGAGGAUGAUGUAAGCAUUGGCAAGAGAAAAGGGAGAAAAGGAUCAGCUGAGAGUGAUGCUAUAAGCAUGACAAGCAGCCAGAGUGGUCAGAUCUAUCCCAGUCAUGUUAGAGACAGUAAAUCAAGCAUUUCUAGCGAUAGAUACGGACACGGUCAGCUUAGCGCUACUGAAAGUAGCCGUGGUGAUGAUUUCCAUGACGAAACAGACAAUGACAGUAUAGGAGGUUUCAGUCGUACAAGCUCCCUGCAGUCACGCGAUUUACCCUACAUCCAGCAUCCCAAACCUAUUCCUCCAGCGGUAAAGAAAUCCGAAGAUGUAGAUAUAGAGGCAGCCUUUACCAAAUAUGGUCAUUCAGAGGUGGACAAAGAUGAUCCCCCAUCUUCACCGGACAGUGAAGGAGGCUGCCUUGGUGCCUUGGACUUUUCAUUACUUUAUGAUCCAGAGAGCCGAGCCUUACAAUGUUCCAUCAGUAAAGCUAAGGGUUUGAAAGCCAUGGACUCCAAUGGACUGUCUGAUCCCUAUGUGAAACUGCACCUGUUGCCAGGAGCAACCAAGUCAAACAAAUUGCGGACAAAGACAAUACAUAAAACUUUGAACCCGCAGUGGAACGAAACGCUGACAUAUCAUGGUUUGUCUGAGGAGGAUAUGGCAAAGAAGACACUAAGGUUAGCUGUGUUAGAUGAGGAUGCCUUUGGUUUUGACUUCAUAGGAGAGACGAGAGUACCUUUGUACAAGCUCAAAAAUAAUCAGCUGAAACAUUUUAAUGUCUACCUUGAAAAUCAAAUACCUACUGAAAAAGAUGAUGACCUGAUGAACAAUGAUCGAGGCAAGUUGUUAUUGUCCCUACGAUAUUCCACGUCCAAGCAAGCACUGAUCGUGGGAAUAGUUCGCUGUGCUGGGCUGGCUGCUAUGGAUUCAAAUGGAUACUCAGAUCCCUAUGUUAAACUAUAUUUGAAACCGGACAGUCAUAAGAAGUCUAAAUUUAAGACGGCUGUGAAGAAGAAAACGCUCAAUCCAGAAUUCCAUGAGGAGUUUAUUUACCAAAUCAAACAUAAUGAAUGUGCCAAGAAGACCCUGGAAAUAACAGUGUGGGACAAAGAUAUUGGCAAAAAUGACUUCAUAGGUGGCGUUCAGCUUGGUAUUAACUCCAAGGGUGAAAGGCUAAAGCAGUGGUUUGACACUUUGAAGUACCCCGACCAGAAGUAUGAGCGCUGGCAUACUUUGUCAGCAGAACUUGUCCCAGAGGUGCAAUAGAUAUUGUGUUGCUUGAUUAUAUUGUGUUGUCCUGAUGACUAAAACAUAUGAUCUGCGACAAAUACAAUGUACUAAGUUCAGUUACAUCUACAGUAUUACCCAUGCCCUGUUACACCUGAGAUCCUGCUUCGAUAAAAGUGCUUGUAGGAAAACUGUCCUGGAGAUUUCUCAACUCAUUUAAACAAAGAAAUUAUUUUUCUUGUUUAUUCAGUGAAGACUUUAUGUAUUGUGUGUUACAUUGUCAGUAAUGUAACAUGUAGUUAGUGUUAGUUUUGAUGGUCAAUGUCACAUUUACUUAGUCUUCUAAAUACUAAAUGUUACUUUUGGAAAGUGUUACAAUUUAUUAAUGUAACAUUUUGAAUGUUUUUAUUACAUUUAGUUAGUGUUCAUGACUGUUACAUUUUAGUAAGUUUUACAUUUAAUAAAUGUUACAUUUAUUAGGAUUUCCUAUUAAUUAAUGUUACAUUUGAUUAUUGUGCAUUUCAUAAUGUUACAUUUAGUAAGUGGCAUUUAGUUAGGGUUCUUACUUGUAAAUGUUAAUUUUGAUUAGUUGUGAAACUAAUUAAUGUAACAUUUGAAAAGUGUUACAUUAAAUAACUGUUAUAUUUGGUAAAUGUUACAUUUCUUAUAGUUGCAUUUGAUCAGUGAUGGUACAUUUAGUUGAAAGUCUAUGGUUUAAUCCAGGUGCCUCCUGGUACCUGCUGGUAGCUGAAACAAUGCCUUGAGGGUCACCUGGGGUCAUCCUCUGCCAUAUUACAGCAAGGAAGUUUCCAUAUGACCAAACCUGUGUCUUUGUGACUUAAUAACCAGCAAAAAUAUGUGUUUUUACGGAUACCUCAAUUCACCUUUUAAGUGGGUGUGUGUGUGGGUGUGUUCAGGUUUAACGUCUUUUUCAACAAUUUCUCAGUUAAGUAUUAUGAUAGAUAUUUAGUUCAGCACAUUCAGGUCAGUACAUUUUCAACAGUGUAGAAUUUGAUUAAAUGUUUAGUAUGUACUAAGAAAAAUUGUAAAUAGGAAGGAUAGGGUCAUUUGCUUGAUGUUAUGUCAUGACUUCCAGUCUCUCAUAUAGAAGAAUUACUUGAAACAGUUUGCUUGAAGUAAAAGAAAAGUUAAUUGUGUCCGUUAAUAUUUGUAUUUAUUAUUUGAUUAAUAUUUUUAUAGGUAUUAACUAACAUUGUUUAUGCUAUAUAAAAUCAUCUUUUCAUGACUGACAUGUUAGGUUGUCAGAUGGCUGUGCUAUGUCAUUUUGCUGGUUGUCUGUCUGUCUGUUAGCAGUUUUGUUUCCACGCAGUAAUUUCAAAACACUUUGACCUACAUGAUCCUCAAACUUAAUAGACACAUUGCUUCUUCUGGCAUAUUUUGAUGCAGACAUGGGUGCUCAUUUUGAAAAAAUGAUAAACAAUUUUGUUAAGCAGAAGAAAUGUAUUUUGUUUCAGUUUUAUUAAUGCCAGUUAGUGUACUGUUGAAUUUUUAAUUUGUGCCUUUUUGAAGUCGGUAGUAUACACAUUCCGAGCUGUUAGUAAAGGGUUGUCCAGAGCCACCAUUCCAUUUUAAAUUUUAAAGUUUUAUAUUUUUGCCACAAACAUAUUUAUUUUGUAAAUAGUUUAUUAUAAAUGACUUCCACUAAAUUAUAAGUGCUGUUUGUUUAUAUAUAGACCUUUCGUGUUUAAAGAGAGAGGGUUUGUUGUAAGGAUGGGAACUCUUGUUAUCAUUGUUUUUAUUACUGAAAAAAAUGUUACCAUGAAUAAUGCGGAAGGGAAAAUUCAGAACUUAAUAUAAUUUUGUGUUUUUUCUCUUUGUGACAUUGUGAUUAAUUUAGUUUAAUAAGUCAUAGAGAUUUUUCCUAACAUUCCAUAGUACUGUGCCAUGAUAUUCACUUAGCGAUAAAUGAUACAGCCAAAAAGAUCUAUUUUAUUUAAAUAAUAAAAAGAAACAUGCCUAAAAGAUUAACAUUAUAAUUGCAUAAUAUAUAUGUUAUACAAUACUUGUCAAAUGGGUUAACUGUUUGAUAUAUAAGCUUAGUUCCUACAUUUGUAAAUAUUUUAAUUCUAUGAAAUUUAAAUGUAUUUGGGCAAUGCAUUUUCAUAAAUUCUAUAUUUCACUUCCAAUUUACAGUUUUUAUACACACCAAGGGACAUAAUAUUAUUAUGUUAAGACGCUGGUGUUCAUCUGUCCGUCCAUCUGUCUGUUAGCAAUUUCAUGUCCACUCUGCAACUCUUGAACCCCUUGAAGGAUUUCAAAGAAACUUGACACAAAUGUUCACCGCAUCGAGACGACGUGCAGAGCGCAUAUUUUGGAUGGCUCGCUUCAAGGUCAAGAUCACACUUAGGAAAUAAAGGUCGUAUGACUUUGUUUUGUGUCCGCUUUGUAACUGUUGAACUGCUUGAAGGAUUUUAAAAGUACUUGGCACAAAAGUCCACCACAUCAAGACGAGGUGCAAAGUGCAUGUUUCGGAUGGCUGGCUUCAAGGUCAAAGUCACACUUAGGGGUCAAAGGUCAUACCUUUGGUCGUAUAUUGCUUUGCAUUGUGGUGUUCUUGUUGAAAUUUAGCAACUUGGAAGGUAUUUGUUACAUAAAUAAGCAGCAUCUAGAUGAUUUCAUAAACACUGAAAAGGCCACCUCCACUAGCAGUCUUCACCUUAAAUCUCAAACUGCAAUAUCUUAUUCAGUAGGGGCUUAGUUUUGAAAAUUCUCUGUGUGUCAUAAAUGGUUUGUCAAUGCAUGACCUUGUAUUAAAUCAGCUUAAAUUUAGGGUUAUUUCCCUUGAACUGUAGAUAAAGACGUGCUGUUACUUAGUUUCCUGCCUUUAGAAUUAUGUUGAUCCUUCAACUAGUAUAAAGUAUUUUGUUAUGCUGGAUUCAACUGUAAAUGUAUUGUAUGGUAGCAUACUGUAUUUGCAUCAGGUUAUUAGUAAACAAUACUUGGAAUUAUGUUAACAUUAUUUAUAGCUAUACUUGCACUUCCUUGUAGAAUAAUAUUUGUAAAUGAAGUAAUUCGUACUAAAUUAUGUUACUUCGGAACUAGUUCCAUUAUACCCAUACAUCAUGUUGCUCACUACAGUGAAACACAGCCUGCUCGAACAUGGCAAGUUCGAGUGUUCCAGGACUCAAGUAAUUUUGUAUUGUCCCUUAACAUUAUCCUGAUGCAUUUUAAGUUGGGAUUGCUCAAAAACCUGGAGAACUCUAGCAGUUUGCUCAUCCCUGUGAGACUUUGAGUGACCAGUGUUUUACUGUACACUGUACAAUAACAUUUUGUUUUCAUCAAUGUAUUGUUCUUCAGUUGAACUUUGUUCACUCAGACUCAACAAGACCAGUAAAAUUUGUGCGAGUUACCAGAAGGUCGUGCCAUCAAACAAAAUGCUUUAUGUAGGGAUUUUGCCAGGACCUGAAGAUCAGUUCGAGCAAAGGGUGGUGUUCGAAUUAUUCGAGUUUGUGUGAAAGAAACCCAACUGUAUACACAAUGGAAUGAAAAUCUUUUUUUAAUUAUACAGUUGUAUUACUAUACUUCUUUGUAAUCACAUUGCAGAAAUUUCUUUAAUAGAGUAGUAUGAUUAAUAUCCAUUCCAUUAUUUUCUUGUUGUUUUAUUUAUAACUUUUAUAUUUACUUUGCGAAUUCCAAAGUAUAAAUUUGUCUUGACCAUUUUCUUCUUAUCCUCUCCUCUGACAGUUCUUGUUUUCUUUCAGUCACUGCUAUUUAUAGAAUAUUUGUUGAUAUUCAUAAGCAGAUAAUGUUUAAUUUACAAUAUACAUGCAUUUAUAUAAUACAUUGAAAUUGUUAGGAUGAUAAUAGAUCUGAACAUUCUUAUUUACCAUUUGUGUUUUAUGCUCACACUAACACUAAAUCAGUGCAUAAAUCAUA